GGACGGAGCUGAGAGCAGCAGAGACAGAGACGAUCACUAAAACCACGAAAGCACUUCACAAACGCAUGGGAAAAAGGACUCAAACCAAACGGACUACCGGUUUUUCACCUUCCAAGAUUCCAGUUAAUAAACUGAAAUACGAGUGAAAUCCUGAGCCUCAUCGAGUCCUUCCUUUUCAAGUGUGGGAAGCCAUGUCGUUAUAAAUACACCUGACAGUGAAAAACCGUCUGUGACCAGCAAAAGACUCCACUUGCGGCCACCACCGAGAGGGAGGACACUCCACCUGGGGCCUGGAGGACAAAGACUGCUGUCUGUCAGCCAAAGAGAGCAAGAUGGCUGAUCCAAAGCCAACAGAUGAACUGAAAGUGGAGAGGGCCACAGCUAAGAGACAGUUCUCCCGCCUUGCCAACAACAUUACGAGAACCUACAUAGAGAUGUCUAAGGAGGAGUUACAGGAGAACUUCAAGAAGCUGAUGCUAGAGAGCUCUCGUGUCUUCGAGGCAAACGAAGAAGUGGAAGCCGCUUACAUGGCAGACGCUGAGGAGCUGAGCGACCCCCAGAAAGCCGACAUAGCAAAGACGGAGAAAGAAUGUGAGCAGAAGACGAAAGAAGUCAAACUCCUAAUCCGAGAGACGCUCUGGACCACAUAUGGAGAAAAGGAACUUUCCCUGGCUCUACAAGUUGCAGAGGCCGAAUUCAGGAACGUCUCCUUCCAGCCAGACACAACUCUGGAGGCUUGUGAGUUCAUGCUGACCCACCUACAGAAGUUGGUGGACAAGGCAAAGGAAGCGCACCAGAACUGGAACCACUGGGCUCCGCUUGCCGAGAAAAAGGACUUUGAUUACCGUUUAAGAGAGCUCGAGGUGGUCCUUCCCAAGCUGGUGUCACAGAAGGCCCCCCUCAUCCAAGCAGCAAGUAUAAAGAAAGACGCUGGACCCCAGCCCAUCUCAGCCCGCAGCUCAGCUCCAGUGGCAGCGAUAAAGCUAAAGGCCACAGCCUUACCAAAGUUUGCCGGCAACCAGCGAAACUACUACAGAUGGAGGAAGGAAUGGGAGGCUCUGCAGAAGCAAGGUGAACCAACCGGAUCUUCAGAGGUUAAGAAAUUCCAACUACUGGAUAGCCUUGAUGAAAAGGUGGCCAGGGAACUACGUCUGUCAACGUACAGCUCAGCAGAUGAGAUCUUCAGAGUCCUGGAAAACCGGUUUGGGAACCAAGCCAGCAUUGCUCUUGAGAUCAUAGAAGAGCUACAAGCAAGACCAUCAGCCAGGAGCGGCCAUCCAAGGAAAAUCGUAGAGCUCAUCCAAACUGUGGAAAAGGCCCUUUAUGAUCUAAACGAACUGGAUAAUGCAGACGCCUUAAAGAACCCACUGGUGAUUAGAUCCAUCGAGAGCAAACUCCCAGAAACUCUGAAGAAAGACUGGCUCACCUAUGCUGCUGACAGAGGAAACACUGUUAACCCCCAGAACCGCUUCGACAAGCUCAUCACAUUCCUAAAGUCCCAAGAAUCUAUAUAUGAGCAACUAGAUCAACUGAGCAACGUCUUUGAACCCGCCAAGGAGCGGACUAAGCUCAUCAAGUAUGCCAGAACAAAGUCAGCCAAGUCCAGCAGGAUGAAGGUGUCUGUUGCAACUAAGCGCUACCUCCUCAAGAUUCGGGUCAACACUCCGAGAGGGACCCUCAGGUCACAUCAACUAAUCUGCUAUGGCCUUGACAAGAUUGCAGAGUUUCACAGACAUGUUCCAGCUAUUAAGCUACAGAAAAUCUUCCCAGAUGUUCCCCUAAGAGACCUUGCUAGACCCAAAGAGGUGCAACUCCUGAUCAGCCACAAGGAAGGCCAGCUAGUACCCCAGAAGGUUCGUUCUGUUGGCAACCUUGUGCUCUGGGACGGCCCCCUCGGCAAGACGAUCGGAGGCACACACCCGGACCUCUUUGAAGAAAUCACCUUAAUGGCCCACACAUCAAAGACACACUUCGCAAGAUCCAUGAGAACUGCAGCAGUCAAAUACAGUGAAUUCAUCUGUAGAGAUCCAAUCUCCUGCCAGUCUCCCGACAAGCCCCACACCCAGUCCAAUACAGCCACUAGCAGCAGAGACUUUCUGAAGUGGUGGAAGUGGGAAAGUAUUGGAGCUGCUUCCCUGAUCCCCACUGGCAUGCCAAGUAUCCCUGGACAGAAGAUCCAGCAUCUCUACCCAACAACAGGAGAGCGGUUGAAGCCACAUUCCUCAGGACAGAGAGGCAGCUGGCAAAGGAACCGGAGUUGA